GGUUUCGCCUCAUUCUCACACGCACACUACGCCCGCCUGAACCUCGAUUUCUAUUUCUAUCUCAUCACCGACGAGGCCACCGGAAAGAAGAAGCUGAAGGUGAACGCCUGGUUUAGCAGCCGGGUAACAACCGUCGCAAUUCGCACGGCGCUCAGCCACGUCACUAACCUGAUCAACGGCGUCAGGAGGGUUACCGUUACAAGAUGCAUUUCGUGUACACACGCGCCGCCUGUUAAUCCGAACAGCAAUCGGGAUAUACAGAUAAACAGAGGCUCUGUUCCGCACGCUCCGCCUGUUCAUCGUUUGUGGGAACUGGAAAUUUUGGAUGCCCAUUUCAGCGUUCUCUCGCAGCGGGUGCCGACGGUCCUGCCUGUCACAUCCGCCAGCACGCACCUCAUCGAGACCUACCCCUCCCUGCAGCCCAAGACCGCCGUCUUCACCCACAACGACGGUCAACCUCCUCCAGGCCACGGCACCGUCCCAAUCUUCUUCCAGGGCGUCACCUACAACAUCCCCGUCAUCAUGUGGCUCAUGGAUUCUUCCCCAAAAGAGAGGGCCAUUCAUAUGCAAGCUGAGGUAGGGCUUCUUGACAGUGUGUGGCGGCUGCGCCAGGUGGUUGAUGCUAUGGCGGUUGAGAUGCAUGCGGGCUUCUCCUCCGAAGGCGGGUCAAAGCUGAAGAUGCUUCUCACCUAUAUCUGCGACCUCCCUACUGGGAACGAAAAGGGGAUUUAUUAUGCUCUAGAUCUCGGCGGUACCGAUUUCCGGGUCUUGCGAGUAAAGUUAGGUGGCCAAAGGUCAACUACCAUAAUUCAUGAUGUCGAACGACAGCCCAUCCCUCAAAUUUGAUGACCGGCACAAGUGAGGUCGCUGAUUCUUGUGCAUUUUGGCUUCUCAGAUGUGGCACUUCCUGGACUAAAAAAUAUAAUUGAUUAAUAUUUCAUUAAAUUUCCAUUUCCAGGAGCUUUUUGAUUAUUUCGCAACAUCAUUGAAGGAUUUUUCCUCUUGCUCUUUUCAUCCGAUGAUUUGCUUUUCUUGACUUUCUUUGCUCCCAUUGAAUCUGCAUAUGAAUACACAUACUUUGUAUUUACAUAUUUUUUUCAUAAGUCACAGUAAUAAAGACAAGAAAAGAUUAAUUUUGUUAAGAUAUCUUUAUUAAUUGAUAUAAUGAUGCAUUAGUGUCAUUGGGGUGGGUGAGGG